CCAGCGCGCGAAACACAGGCAGGGUGGCGGGGGCGAGGAGCCGGGGUGGAGCUUGCUGUCCCCUCCGGCGUCCGGCCGCGCCCGUCCUCCGGGCUGCGGCGAGACUCCGGGCUGCUGUUGCGGCCAACCGGAGCUCUCCCUCCACCGGUCAGCCACGGUGGAGCUGAAUGCACCGAGCUCCGACAGUGGGGCUGCCAGCUUCCUUUCCCUUGCGGGGGCGUCGAAUUCGCGCGUGCGCAGAGCGUGAGGGAAGGGGGCCGGGACCCCCAGGCUGACCCCGGCAGAGCUACCUCACAGCCGGAGGCGAAUCGGGAUGAGCUUCCCAGCGCUGCAGCUCCACUGAGAAGGAAGCCCAGGGGCAGAGGGUUGCCAGUCGGCCGCAGUGCAUGAGGCCAAUGGCGUUCCUGACCGGGCCGCGUCUUCUGGACUGGGCUAGCUCGCCGCCGCACCUGCAGUUCAAUAAGUUCGUAUUGACCGGCUACCGGCCGGCCAGCAGCGGCUCGGGCUGCCUGCGCAGCCUUUUCUACCUACACAACGAACUGGGCAACAUCUACACACACGGGCUAGCCCUGCUGGGCUUCCUGGUGCUGGUGCCAAUGACCAUGCCCUGGAGUCAGCUGGGCAAGGAUGGCUGGCUAGGAGGUACACAUUGUGUGGCUUGCCUGGUCCCCCCUGCAGCCUCUGUGCUGUAUCACCUCUUCAUGUGCCACCACGGAGGCAGUCCUGUGUACACCCGGCUCCUUGCCUUGGAUAUGUGUGGAGUCUGCCUUGUUAACACCCUUGGGGCCCUGCCCAUCAUCCACUGCACUCUGGUUUGCAGACCCUGGCUUCGCCCAGCUGCUCUGAUGGGUUACACUGCAUUGUCAGGUGUAGCUGGCUGGAGAGCCCUCACUGCCCCCUCCACCAGUGCCCGGCUUCGAGCCUUUGGUUGGCAAGCUGGGGCCCGCCUGCUGGUGUUUGGGGCCCGUGGAGUAGGGCUGGGCUCAGGGGCUCCAGGCUCCCUGCCCUGCUACCUGCGCAUGGAUGCACUGGCUCUGCUUGGAGGGCUGGUAAAUGUGGCACGCCUGCCAGAGCGGUGGGGGCCUGGUCGCUUCGACUACUGGGGCAACUCCCACCAGAUCAUGCACUUGCUGAGUGUGGGUUCCAUCCUCCAGCUCCAUGCUGGGGUUGUGCCUGACCUGCUCUGGGCUGCACACCACGCCUGUCCCCCAGACUGAGCUGCCUCCUAGCUGCCAAACUGGCCUGCUCACAGCUUUCUGGAACAAAUUAUACCACCUUUCCUCCUGCUGGUCUGCAAGGGGCUGGCUCCUUGGAAGAACCAGCACAUGGGACUUCCUAGCUGGGAGACCACUCUUCAUUCUUCCCCAUGGAUUCACCUCUUCUUGUACCCAGGCCUUCAAAUCCCAGCUUCUCCUCUCCUUGACAUCUUCCCUCCUGGGCACUGUUUUGCUGUCAUUAGAAGGAAACCAUUUUUUUUUUCCAAUUUACUGUUUAACCUGUGAGAGUCUCCGACAGUUGAGUCCUGCCAACUUACCAAGCCUCCAGCCCAGCACCACUCCCCCUGUGUUGCUGCUCCCAUACUAUACCUUCUGGACUUUUGAACUAGCCUCUCUGAUCCUGCUUCCUGACCUCCAUCUUCCUGCUCUGCAUGCCAAACCUCUCAGCAGCCAGAAGGUUGCUCUUCCUGUCAUUCCUGCAGUGAGGAUGCAGAGGAGUGGGACCAGGCUUUUCUCAGAACCAAGUGGACAUUAGUCCACUUGUGUCAUCUGGCCAGGAGACAUGAGGAGAGCUGCCACUUUCCCUGGGCAGCAGGCACAGGUGUGGAAUGGAGGCUUUGGAAUCAGCUCUUCAGUGCCAUGGUCUGACUGACCUGCCCACCAGAGACUUGUCUGCUCAGGAAAUCUCUAUACAGUGGGUGGCUCCAGCCUGCUGGCCCAAGGGCACUCUAUAGCAGGGUACCGACUCACAGCCAGAUCAUCCCAAAGGCCCAAGACCCUAGGCAACAUCAAUAAAGAGACAAGAGCUAUGUUGCCACAUGAGCAA